AUGGCGGACAGUUACUUGGCGUGUAAGGCUGUUCAUCACUUGCCAUUUCCACCAUUCUCCCUUUCUCCUUCUCUCUCUUCACCUUCCCAAUCUCUCUCCGGCUUCUCAAUGUUCCCCAAUCGCUCCUCACUCCACCACUGUCGCUGCUCCCCAAACCCUCUCAGCCCCAGCCCCAGCCCCAACCAGCCUUUUUUACUCGUCUUCUCAGGUGGAACUGCCUUUAAUGGUGUUGUAGAAGAGCUAAAGAAGUUAACAAUUCGUGUUGCCCAUGUUCUCCCAGUUUCUGACGAUGGAGGGAGUACAGCAGAGAUUGUUCGUGUUCUUGGUGGUCCAGCUGUUGGAGACAUACGGUCAAGGUGUUUGAGAUUGUCGGACCAAAGUACCUUGGAGGCUCUUGCUGUGCGAACAUUGCUCGGUCAUCGCUUGCCCCUGGAUGCACAAGAAGCCAAAUCAGAAUGGUAUGAUGUUGUGGAAGGAGACCAUCCACUGUGGAAAGGUGUUUCAAAACCCUAUAGGGAGACAAUUCGAGCUUUUUUGGCUUAUUUUCAGAAUCAGUUGCAGAUCCUCCGACGGUCUGAUGAAUCAUUCUGUUUCAGUAAUGGGAGCAUUGGGAAUUUUUUCUUUGCAGGAGCACGUAUAUUCUUUCAGUCUUUAGAUGCUGCAAUAUUUCUGUUCUCACGUGUCUCGGAUAUCCCUGCAGAAAGUCUGGUCCUCCCAGUAAUAUCCACCAAUGACAGGCUUACAUUGGGUUGUGAAUUAUUGGAUGGAACUAUUAUACGUGGUCAGAAUACAAUAUCUCAUCCAACCAAUGGAUCCAUGGAACCGAUAAACAAGGAAAGCUCUUCAGUUCCAUCACUUCCUUCAAGAAUAAAGCGGGUGUUCUACAUGUCCAGUGAGGGCAGCAAUUUAUUGCAUGAGGUCUUCCCCUCUGUAAAUCCAACUGUCUUGGAUAGAUUAAGCAGCGUGGACUGCAUUAUUUAUGCUAUGGGAUCCCUCUUUACCUCCAUCUGCCCCUCCCUGGUUUUACUUGGUGUUGGGGAGAUUAUCUCAUCAAGGUCAUGUCCCAAGGUACUUCUGUUGAAUGGUACACAUGACCGAGAAACUAGUGGCUUCUCUGCUUCUGGCUUUGUGACUGCCAUUUCAGAUGCUUUAAAUCGAACCUAUGGAGAUCCUCAUAACCAUCUCAAGAAUCAUGUGGUGAAGGUUGAGAUAGAGAAGGAGAGUGAGGGAGAGAUUGUGAAUAGUAUUGGAGUUCCGGUGGUAGAAGAGGUGAAGUGGGGUUCCAGUGGUGGAGGGUGUGGGGUUGGUACAAAGGGUGGAGGAAAAGAUGAGCGAGUUAACACAAUUUUACCAAGUCGAUACGUCAAUACACUUUUGGUGCCCAAAGAUGGUCAAAUUACUGUAGAUGCUGAGUGCUUGGCUGCCCAAGGAAUUUUUCAUGUGAUCACUGUUGAUUCAAUGCAUGAUCCUAAAGUGGGUAUAAUUUUUGACCCAAAAUCAUUGAUACAAGCUCUUGCCGAUAUGUUAAGUGGACGCAUGAGCUGGAAUGUCACCGGGGCAUAG